AAUAAGAUAAAUGUGUACACAGAAAGUGAGUGAAAAAGGAAACCAAAGAAAUAACAGUAAAUAAAGAACCGAAAUUAAAUUGAGCUGAAAAAGAGCGGUUGGUGCUUUUUCGAAGGAAAUCACUGUGAAGAGGAGGCAAAAGAAGGAAGGAAAUAGCUACUAUUGUAUCACGCAUAGAGUCGACGUUGAUACAGAGCGAGAGGAAAGUGCGUCAAAUUACGUGUCAUUAUUAUAGCAGCGAAUGUAGGAAUCAAGCGAAAAUUCACAAAAGGAAAAUCACACGCGCGCAUAUCAACAGAAAAAUGGCACAAUUCAAGAGUAUCGUGUUCAAUCCAUUGAUACAUUUAUCAAUAUUAUUCAUGUUAGUUAAAGCACAUAAUCAACAAGACGACAUAAAGCCCGAAUUUUUAGCAGCUUUAGGUAAUAUGUCUGUCACGCAAGGACGAGACAUAUCAUUUACGUGUGUGGUGAACAAUUUGGGACCAUAUAAGGUAGCGUGGAUAAAAUCCGAUUCGAAAGCAAUUUUGGCAAUUCACACACACAUGGUAGCGCUAAACCCGCGACUUUCGGUUACGCAUAACGGGCACAACACAUGGAAACUGCACAUUUCGCACGUGCAAUUAGAUGACUCGGGCAGUUACAUGUGUCAAGUUAACACGGAUCCAAUGAGUUCAAUUUCGGGCUAUGUAAACGUUGUCGUACCACCUGAUAUCUUAAAUCAAGCUGACACAGAUAGCAGUAUGAUAGAGGGCGAAACCAACGAAGGAGGAAGUGUAUCAUUGUUGUGUCAAGCAACUGGUGUGCCCGAGCCAACGGUGCAAUGGCGACGUGAAGGAGGAAAAGAUAUCGUUUUGCGGGGCGAAGGACGAGAAAAAACACUUCACAAACACGUUGAUGGCGAACGCCUUACGUUGACACAAGUUCAAAGAUCUGACAUGGGAGGAUAUUUAUGUAUUGCUUCGAAUGGAGUUCCGCCAUCUGUUAGCAAGCGAUAUGAUGUCAAUGUGAAUUUUUCGCCAUCGGUAAAAGCCCCAAACGUUUUAGUUGGAUCUCCCGUCGAAGCGAAUGUCUUGUUACAAUGUAUGGUAGAAGCGUUUCCCAAACCAUUGAACGGAUGGUACAAAAACGAAGGACAAAAAAUUUAUCAUACCGAAAAAUACACAAUGACAGAAUCCCAAAUUAAUGCGUAUACGUGGCAAAUGAAUUUAACGAUUAAUAAUUUGCAAAAAUCAGAUUUCGGUUCGUAUGUUUGCUCAAGCGUUAAUGCCUUGGGCAAGUCAGAUGCGCGAGUACGAUUACAAGAGUUGAGAUUACCUCCGAAGGCAACAACAACGCCGACGCCUCAUGUUCAUACAACUCCCAAACCACGCAGAAAGCAACACAACAACAAGGCAGGGCACGAAACAGGCAAAAGCGCUUCGAAAUCAGAUUCGGGCUUGAUCAAUGUCAUACAGGAGAACGAACUUGUGUCGGGGAUUUCAUCGGAAGUUUUGACACAAAUUCCUUCCGCCAAAAGCUCUAACGGCAAUAUGGAAAAGGGAAGAAACUCGCAAAUGCCUGCGUCAGUUCCCUCAAGUAAAACACAACAAACGUGGAUAAGUCAAAAUAGUUCAUCAAGAAAUAUCGUACACAGCAUUUUAUAUGUUGUUGUGUUCACAGAGCUGUUUCUUUUGUUUCGGACAACACUGAGUUCGUAAGUAAUUUAGAUAAAAUUGAGUAAAAAAACAUCCCA